UGUGGUUUGUGGUGCCUUGCGGUGUUUGCUCUGUAGAAAUCUGUCUCCUACUUGAGCCAAUACAGCACCAGUGUACCAUAGGUAUCCGUCUUUCUCUCACACAGGAGUGCGCCCGACGACGACGACGGCGACACGGGAAGAAGGAGGUGGUGGAAGUGGAAGAGGUGGAGGAGGAGAAGGACGACAGGAGAAGGAAAGAGGGAGGAGCGACGGACGGAGUGUCAGCAGCAACGGCCACGGUACCUGGACAAAUCUUUGUCUUCGGUGCGCAUUAAAAACAAGAUAAGAGCGAAGUGCAGAGAUAACGAUAAAGACAUCGCACGUCAGUGACAUAUCGUGACCGCUCUCUCAUCGUCGUCGGCGACGACACCGGAGCGGGAAGAGGAGGAAGAGGAGGCAGAGAAGGCGGAGGAGAAGAAGGAGCGGUGUGACGGGAACGGUCUGUACGCGCGAUCGUCAGUCGCGCACGAUCGAGUAAAAAGUAGUUUCGUUUGCGGCUCGCGGUUUACAAAUCGGGCGAGCAAGUGAAUAUCGGAGGGAACAAGAUUACGAGGUGUGACGAGUUGGAAGUGACGUUGACAAAUAACGAUCACGACGACGGCCACGACGACGUCGAAGACAACGACAAGGACGAGGAGGACGACAGUCGUGAUACGACGUUCUCGUAUGCGACGGUGCAUUUAGAACAUCGUAAAAGCGAGAUCAUCGGAUUGUGAUUAGUUACAUCCUGUCUAUAGAAGAAGAUCCUCUCGACGACGACGACGACGACGUCGUGUUCGUCGAUAUCGUAUUAUCGUACGGUGCACACACACACACACACAGUCACGCGCCACCGCGUACAUCAGCAGCGCCACCAGGAUGGAGAAACGAGCCGCUUUUGUGCUGCUGGGGAUGCUAUAUUUAGCGGCGGGCACCCUCGUCACAGUCCAGGCAGAAGUAACGUAUUCGGGGCCAGCGAUCGUGAACGAAGGUCAACCUUGGGACAUAGAAUGCAGUGGACUCAAAGAAGACGAUAACAUCAGAUGGACAAGAAACGGCCAGACGCUGGAACCUGAAUUGUCUAGCGGUCAGCUGGUUGUCUUCUCUAAACGUGGCAGUGGCAGCAGCAAACUUUCUACGAGUCAAGCGACGGAAAGUCAUGAUGGGGAUUACAAGUGCACAUCCGACAGCACGGAGUCUUUCCAUCUCUCGAUACAUUUCGAUAUUAAGAUUAAAGUACUUACACCGAAGGAUUUGCCUUUGAUACUUCAAUGUGAAAAUAGAAGCACCAGCGAAAAAGUGCAAUGGUUAAAAGGAAAGACACUGCUAGCUAUCAACGAGGAUAUCUUUAGGAUUGAUAACGAGACUAACAACUUGGAGAUAUUGAAGGAGAAAGAAGAAAGUUUCGGAAAUUUUACUUGUAAGACGGCCAAUUCUACGACCGAGUACAGAGUCGUACCAAGGCCAACAGCACAUUUUGUAGCUGAUUCUACUAGCGUAGUAGAGGGCGAGAAGCUCCAUCUUGUAUGCGGCGGAAAGCAAAGCCCUGGCGUAAAGAUAUCCUGGACUUUCGGUGAUCAGAAUUAUACAAGCAGCAUGGGUCGCGUGAAAAUCUCCAAGGAUCAAGAAAGGGGUAUCUACGGCGCCGUUCUAAUCGUCGACAACAUCGAGAUGAAUGAUCGCGGUAACGUUACAUGCAGAGUGUCGUAUAACUGGUCCAAUCCGGAACACACGUCGGAGGCUAAGACAUUCCUCAGGGUCAAGGACAAGCUCGCCGCACUCUGGCCCUUCCUAGGUAUUUGCGCAGAAGUUGUUGUUCUGUGCGCUAUCAUCUUAAUUUACGAGAAGAAACGAAACAAAACCGAACUCGAGGAGUCUGAUACUGAUCAGAGUCCUGAUACUAAACCAACUUCCAACAAGGAUUCCGAUGUAAGGCAGAGGAAGUGAAGGAAAAAAUAAAUGCAUGAAAGCGAUGCGAUAGAAACGGGAGAAAGGAUCGUUGUGUGUUAUAGAAAGUGUUUAACAGAAAGAGACAACAAGAUACGGUUUUGAAUGCGAUACAUCGUAUAUAAACGUGAAAUAAACACUGGAAAAAAAUGGACAGCAGCGAACUCGAGUGGCCCAUUUCAUAGUGCACACCUACGAAACAGGCUCGUACAAAAAGCAGGAUCAUACAAGUCACUAACAAAUUAAAUCAGCCUUAUUACGGUGUUCACUUCAUUUAUCAGAUGUUCGCCUGUUCGUAUUCUUCAACUGCAGUCGAAUGUCCGCGUUGUGAACACCCCGUGCAUCGUAAACCUUUCUGUAUUGCGAAUCAGUUCGAUGUCCGUAAAGUGAACACCUCCUUCCAUACUGCUCUCCCAUUAAAACUCACAUUUGCCAAGCGACCACGCGAGCAUGCGUAGCAUGCGUAGAAUGAAGAUGUCAUUGUCUCCAAUGUCAUUAGAAAAUAAGAGCCAAUAAGUGCCAUUAGCAUAAGAGUAGGGACUGAGAGAAAAGUUCUUAAUAGAGACGUUUGUUCGAUCCUGAGAAGUUCACAAUACGGACAUUUAAUUAUACAUCGCUUUAACCGAUAUAGAGAGAAGAGAUAAAUGUUGACACGAGUUACGUACAAGUGUUGAUGAUAAUACGAAUGCAUGCCAAGAGACAGAGGGGGUAAUAAUGGGCAAGAAAGAAAGAGAACGAGUGAGUGAAUGAAUGAAUGAUUUGAAAGCGAUACGCGUGCAUGAGAGUGAAAAGCUAGCAAGGAAAAAAAAAACAAAACUCAACAAAUCGAAAAAAAAAAAAAA